ACGAGGCUUGACACGCAUGUGGGUCCUGUCUCCGUCUGCUCUGCCGUGUGACAUUGACUUUCCGGUUGGCCCGGAGCGGCUGGUGAAGCAAACCAUCAUGGGGCUGCUUCAGAAUGUUGUCCGAGGCCUGGUUCGUGGUUCAGACAGAAUGGCCGAGAUAACCAGUAAAAUGGGACCUAACUCCUUCAACAGAGGACGAGGAACCAAGAAGAUGGGGUAUCUGACCUCCAACCGCAAGUUUGUCAAGGUGAAGGAGAUGGUGCCGCAGUUCAUAGUCCCCAAUCUGACUGGGUUUAACUUAAAGCCGUACGUCACUUACAAGGCUCCUCCGGGAACAGAGGAGGAAAUGUCUGCCGAAAAACUGUUUAUGGAAACUGUAGCUCCAGCCAUACAGAAGGACUAUGAAGAGGGAACCUUCGAUCCUGAUACUCUAGAAAAAUAUGGAUUUGAGCCCACACAGGAGGGCAAACUGUUCAAGUUGUAUCCAAAGAAUUAUGUCCAAUAGUGUGAAGUCACAGCAUGGAAUCUUGUCCAUAUUGUGGAACUUUCUUUUCUAAUUAAAUGU